AUGGUAGGGUACACGGUGAUUCCGUACAUCGUUGCCCUAUUUGCAUCGCCCAUGUGGCUCUAUUACUUUCUCGGACUCGAAAAUUUGCGGUUAACAAAUUGGCAUGCCCAGUGGGACGAAAUUGGCACGUCCAGACUCGCCGAGGCCUUCAACAAAACUUUAUGUAAUUUGCUGAAGAAAGUGAUCGCCAAGUCAAAACGUGAUUGGCACGAAAGGAUGGGAGAAGCUUUAUGGGCUUAUAGAACAACGUAUAGAACACCUACUCAAGCCACUCCAUAUGCGUUGGUGUACGGUGUGGAAGCGGUCUUGCCUCUUGAAAAACAAAUUCCAUCAUUGAGGAUAGCUAUACAAGAAGAACUCACUCAAGAAAAAAAUGCUCGUUUGCGUCUUGCAGAAUUGGAAGCUCUUGACGAGAAAAGAUUAGAGAAACAACAAAGUAUUGAAUGCUACUAA